UUUCAGACACAUUUUCCAAGGCAAUUUCCAGGCUUCGGCAUUUUCUCCUUUGCUUCCAAGCCGAUUUGUUUAACAGAAUUUCCUCCAAGUACCGUCGGAUUAAUUAAUGCAUCAGACUCUAACACACCGACGCCUCUGAGUCAAUUUAAGGAGAACAGAUUCAGGAAUAUGAUCUGUUUCAAAUAAAUGGAAGAGAAUAAUAUGACAGAACGUCUUUUUCCACAUCAACAUCUGAUACAAUCGCGGUAUUUCAACAUCAUUUCUUCCUGGUGAUUGUAGAAACAUCUGCUAUUUUUCCCGAAUCUUCACAUUUUCUGUUAGAUUAUACCUUACUGGGGAAGCUACUAGUUCCUUUUAAGAGAUCCAACAGCAAUUUCGAAUAUAUGGAAUUAUAUCUGGAAUUUUAAUAUCAGCUCUAUUCGAACGAAAAUAUACGCGUGAUACAUUACAAAAUUCUAGAACUGCUUCAUUUGUUGCAAACGAUUUUUUGUGUGAUUAUUUCAUCAUAUUCUUUGGAGUUGGAAAUCUAAUUACCUAUGAAAAUGAAAUGAUGGUUAAAAGUGUAUUUAUAUAGGCAAAAAAUUUCGGAAAGAAAUUAUUGGAACUGUCACCAUGGGAGUUUUCACUUGGUUUCAAGACUGUUGGUUGAUGAUGUUCAGGACAAAGCCACAGUAUUUGUCUGUUCUAGGAAGAAAACGUAGUAGCAUUCGAAGCCCUCACAAGCUUUCAACCCAAACAGAGGAAAGAAAUUGCACAACGAGGCUGAGGUCUUUAGUAUGUAUGGCUAUCAUGUUCUGCAGCAUUUCAUAUGGAAUCGUUCUGCUACUGUCUAAUGAAGCAUCGACACUGACAGCUUCAAAUUUAUUAGUUCCACUUGUUAUUGCUGCUAUAGCAUCAAUAUCUGGAGGUCUCUGUUUGUCUGAAUAUAUCUCCUCUCAGACUCAAGAAGUACCUUCCAUCUACAGUUGCUGCUACCAAUAUUCUAGCGAGGUGCUCGCCUUUUUCAUUGGAUGGUCGUGUCUCUUCUCUCAGGCGGCCAUGACAGCAGCCAUUUGCAAAGUGGCCGCCAUAUUGGUGGAUCAGUGGACAGACCACGCUCUGCAGAAGCUUCUAGAACAUUCGCCAUUAACCUUCCCCGAUUCUCUGCCGUCCAUUGCUUUUGUUCUUGCAUUCAUCAUAUUCGUUCUCACAGGAAUAAAUGAGACCGUUGCAUGGUUCGUGUUCUUCAUACCCUUCUCCUUCAUUCUCCUUCUGACGUCAUUUGCAAUUACGCGCACUGCGAACAAAGAAGAAUCGUUUCUGUACAGUGAUAAGCUGAUUGGAGUACGAAGUGUCGACGAGGUUUUGACAACUUCAGCUCUUUGUAUACUAUUUUUCUCUGGGCCACAGAGCUUACUCCGCAUUUCCCAGAAGCAAGUACGACAGAAAACUGCAGCAGUACUGGGACCACUCAACUCCAUUUGUUUCAUUCUUGUUCUCACUCUUCUACUCAUGGUGUCUCAGACUGGAAAAUUCUUCGAAACCGGCAAAGCAACGACAAGUGACCACACUAUUCUUGCAAACAAUAUUCUUCUGCUCAUCAGCCUUUGCAUUCUGGGCAUUGAAACAUUUUAUCCUUUGCAUUUUAUGAUUGAGGAUAUGGCAACAGACGGACUUCUUUUCAGGACUUUUUCAAAAAAAUGGAAGCCAUUUUGUUUUCCCAUCGCUUCCUGCGGCGUUCAGAUAUUAACUGUAACCGCCAUUUGUCUUCUGCUAGUGUUUCAAUCCGUGCUAUCGCUAUUGAUGAUGUCGGUGGUGUUUUCGCUGAUGGUGAAUACCUUGGUACCGUAUCUAGUCCUCAUUCAAAGAUAUCGAGACAACACAGCAUGGCAAUACGAGCCAAUGUUCCAAACGACAGCGAAAAACAUACGCGACCGAUCCAGAAGAAAAAGCGAAGAAUCCCAGUACACAAAUGGCGUAGGAUUCGACCACACCGAGGGCCUGGAGAUGUCCACGACCUGCAUUAACGAAGAUUCCUCAGAGGGAAGUUCUGACACCGACAUUGACUCGGUAGUCAAACAAUACAAAGACCAGGCCAGGAUAGCCAACAUGCCCAUCAUGGAAGAACAUGAUCCAUCCAACCAACUGCCGGAACCAACACCUUCCAGUGCAUUCCGUGCAAAACUAGGCAUAGCCGCCAUGUUCUUGUGUGUUUUCAUCACUUCGGUAGUUUUGCACUUUGCAGACUUGGACGAUCACUUCGUGCUUGCAGUGGUCGCCCUCAUGUGCAUGCUAAUGGCGACCGUCGUCCAGGGACUGCUGAUUUGUUUGCCUCAAAAUGGAAGGCCUUCUGGCAUUUGCUGCCCUAGAGUUCCUAGUAUGCCAUGGAUACCAGGAAUGGCAUCGCUGACGAAUAUGUGUCUGCUUGUACAUUGCUUGUGGGCUGUCUGGAAAGUGUAUCUGGGAUGGUUUCUAUUAGGUCUGCUUAUCUAUUUUGCUUAUGGAAUCCGGAGCUCGACGGCCGCCAACUCUUUUUAUAAUCUCCACCCCGCCCACAUUAAGCUCCAUCCGUUGCCUAGUUACGGGAACAACUGCGUCGCUCAGGUGGUGCCCUCCCAGCGCAAGAGAAGUCGGGCCAAAAUUAUUAAUCCCAGAAGAAAACUGUUUCUUGCAUAAAUUUAUAGAGAAAUUAAUAAAUAUAUCGCCUUUUCUUA